AUGGCGAUUCGAAUUGGAAACAUUAAGAUUCAUUAUCGAACGUCUCCGAUAUUCCUGAACGAUACCCUUGAUGCGAAUCUUCCAUUCUUCUGCCCGAAUGGAAAACCUCGCGCCGAUUGGUACGUCUCACAAACCUGUCCAGAUGAACAGCUGAUCAUGCAUAACCCACCGCUGGUUUUUGAUCUCGUCAAGGACCCUUAUGAACGGUUUGCGCUGGAAGAAAGCGAGUACGUGUUCGAGAUGAGAGCGCUUAGCGCCCAGGUAUUGAGGGAACAUCGUGAAUCAUUAAUACCAGUACCUAACCAACUUGGCCAUUUCAACAAAAAACUGACACCAUGCUGCAAUCCACCUUCUUGCCAGUGUGACAAAAUCUCCUACCGACGGAGUGAG